AUGCUGGUGCUUCGCGUCGCGCUGCUCCUCCUCUUCCAGGCAGAGGCCUGGAAAUGGAUGGCCAAGAUCAAGGCACCCUCGUUGAGAAGAAUGCGGCAGGGCUCCAAGUUUGGAGACAAGAAGCUGGUGGUCAUCACCGGAACAUCCUCCGGCCUUGGCAAGGCGACGACCAAAGCACUUCUGAGGGCCAAGGAGUAUCACGUCAUUGGAGCCGUGCGCGACUUGGAGAAGAUGCAGGUCGUUGCCGAGUUGGAAGGCUUUGACAUGGACCGCUUCACGCCCAUGGAAGUGGACCUUGCGAACUUCGAGUCGGUGAAGGCGUUCACGGAGAACUUGGACAAGUUCCGGGGGGGCCGGCCCAUUGACAGGCUAGUCUGCAACGCGGCCGUGUAUCAGCCCACCCUGGAGUAUCCCAAGUGGACCGUGGAUGGGCAUGAGCAGCAGCUGCAGAUCAACUACCUGAGCCACUUCCUGCUCACCUCCAAGAUCAUGCCCAUGAUGACCGACUCCAGCGAUGCCCGUGUGGUGAUGAUCGGAUCGGUGACUGGGAACGACAACACCGUGGGAGGUGGCGGAGUCUACCCGAUUGCAGACUUGAAGGAGUUGGAUGGCCUGGAGCUAGGGUGCAAGAAGCCCAUCGCCAUGAUGGAUGGCUACAACUUCAACGGUGCCAAGAUGUACAAGGACACGAAGCUUGCCUUGAUGAUGACCUCCAACAUGCUUCAUGAACGCUUUCAUCGCUCCACAGGCAUUGCCUUCAGCUCCAUCUACCCCGGCUGCAUUGCCGAGACCCCCUUGUUCAGAGAGAAGCGGCCCUGGUUCCGCAAGUACUUCCCCAUCUUCAUGAAGUACAUCACCGGGGGCUUUGUGGGAGAGGAGGAGGCCGGGACACGACUCUUCCAGGUCUUGCACGACCCCAAGUGCACGAAGUCCGGGGUCUACUGGUCCUGGAAUGGCGGGCCGCGCGAGGGCCGGGGCAUUGAGGCCAUGGAGAAGGGUGGCCAGAUCGUUGGGGCGGGAGGUGCAGGAGGUGGCUGGGAGUCCAUCUUCGAGAACGACCAAAGCGACAAGGUUCUGAACAAGGACUUGGUGCAGAAGCUUUGGGAGAACACCAACGAGGUCACCGGAGCUCAGUGGCCCAAAGCCUAUCAGGCCAAGUCCCCCUGCCCGACCCUCAAGGUGGUGGGCGCCGCCACGUCACUCCUUGGCAUCCUUGAGGAGCGUGCUCGCAUGAAGGCCACCCAAGGUGCGGGCGGGAAGAUCGUGGCGAACAAGACGCUGCCAGUGGCGGAGCGGCGCAAGGCCUUGGAGGGGAUGCUCCAAGCCCUGGACAAGACGCCCAAUGACCCGGAAGAGCUGGAGAAGGACCUGCUUCGCACGGCCGGGAAGGUCCCCGAAGGUGUUGUGGGUGACGUGUCUUUGGAGUCGCUGGAGCACCUGGAGCACCUGGAGCACCUGGAGGACUCGGAGCCUUCCGUUGAGGCCGUGAUGCCCGAGCUCGAUGAUGACUUCGUCGAGCCUGCCGAGCCUCCCCAGAUGAUCCCCGGCCACGAGAAGCUCGGUGACACCCCUGUGGUCUUCCAACCUCAGAAUGUGAUGACGAUGGCGCGGGCAGGCCAGCCUUUGAGCGAAGUGGCAACCCAGGCUGACGUCUUCAUCCGCUACAAGUGCAAGAAGGGCAAGUGCAAGACCUGUGCCGUGAACAUCGAUGGGAAGUGGGUCUCCGCCUGCCAAACCAAGAUCCCUCCCCAGGAGCCCGGAAAGAGCUUCGACGUUCGUGUUCGCCCGGUCUCGGAUGGCAAAGCCAAGAACAAGGCCGCCUUCUUCACGCCCAAGUCCUUCGCCGACGGCGUCGUCAACAACGGCUUGGGCAUGGUGGGCUUCGUGAAGGAGGCUUUUGGUGCGGACCCCGACUUCAAGGUCCGCAUGGAGAGGGAGAAGAUGGUCGAGGAGCUCCUGGCCAAGAGGGCGAAGGAGGCGAAGGUCCAGACGAAGAAGUCGCUCCGCAGCUCGGAAGGCCCUGAGACCGUCACGGACGAGUAUGGCCGCGAGUUCAUCCUUCCAGGCAUUGCCAUGACCGCAGCUUUCAUGGUUGCAUUGAUUCAAAACUACCCGGUGCUCGACUGA